UAUGGUUAUGAAAUUGUAGCCGUUACUCUAGCAAAGUAACUGUUUUGCCUGUAUUACCCUCCUGGUGAUCAGAUGUUGGUUGUGACAUUUUGUGUUGAGGUUAUGUAAAUGUUUACUUAAUUACGAUUAUAUUCCGUGGCGUUGAUUUUCACCAUUAUAGUACGGAUUUAGUAACAAGAUAAUUAAUUACACAUUAUGAACUUUACUGUAUAGUGUAGUUGCAACAUGUCUGGAAAUUAUGUACAAUAAAUCUCAGGGUUGCGACAGUGUUUGGAGUUGAGGCCGGUCUUGACUCCUUGACGACUGCGGUAAACAAUAGUGCCAUAACUAUAUAUUAUUACAAAAUCUCGUAUUCACGUAUAAGUAUAAUGAUUGUGCUUCGACUCUAAUGGCAGUUAUGAGUGAGGACAUAAUAUUACAACUGAGGUGCAAACCUUUUAGUUCGCUCCCACCACCAGUACAGAUAGAUAUUGUGAAGAAUGACCGUCCCCGGCCGACAAUGAAGUGGGUGAACACUAACAUAAAUUUGAAGGACAACAUGCAUUUCCAAGAUAGUAACUACUUGAAAUUUGAGUGGCUAUGUGGAAGUCAGGCUAUGAUGAAAACGUUUUGUUGGCCUUGCCUCCUGUUUACUGGUAAACUCAAUAAAAGUUUUAUUUCUCAUGCAUUUUUCGAAUUAAAUUUGGUUGUCGCCACAGCAAAAACUCAUGAGAAAACAGAGGUGCACCAAAAGUGUGUGGAAUCUUUGCGGUUGUUUAAGAGAAGAUAUGGGAUUUUUCAGGAGAAUCAGGAAUCACAACACGAGGUCUUCAUUAAGUCCGAAUCCGAAGAGGUUUUGGAUAUUUACGAUGACAACACAGUCGGUAACUUUUCACCUUCCAACAAUGAGAAACCAGACGUAAGUGAUUCUGCCAGUCAGAGCUUAUCACCCGACAAGAAGAGGAAGUUUUGUCAUUCACCCUUACCUUCUGGUUCUACGGACAUGGUGGAUAAUACUGUACACAAUAUAGACACCUCCAAGCCCGAGACGGAGUUCGAUCUGUGGGCCAGAAGUGUUGCCUAUCAACUGAACCACAUGGAGUUAAAGCGAGCACUGCGGUUACAGUUGAAAAUGCAAACGCUGCUGAGCGAAGAAAGAAUAAACCAAGAUUGUGAUGGUGUAAUAAGUGGCAAACCACCCUCAAGUACUAAUGCGUCAACUUAAAUCAAUAUUGUUUUUAUAAGGGAUACAUUUGAAAGUUAACUUUUUUAUUGUAAUUUAUUGCAUUUUAUAAAACAGAUAAUGAGCAUUUUUAUGACUCAAACAUGUAUACAUAAUGUAAAAAUGUACAUUGUGAAAUAUAUUGAUAAAUUAUAUACAAGG